UGCACAUUAACAAGUCAGACUUGAAGAGUAGAGUUUGAAGUUUGUGUACACUAUAUACAUGUAUACACUAUGUAAUGUUGAAAAAAAUAUAAAGGCGACUAAUUAACUUAAUGUCAAAUUUAAAUCAAUAUAAAAUUAAAAAUAUAUCAAAUGCGAUUCAAAUUCGAUCAAUUUUCUAACUCUUAAACACUGUUUCUUAGUAAGCCCUAGGUGUAAUCGUGAAUCUUAACCAAGAAAUGCAAAAAUAAGAAAUCAGUGAAAUUUCAAGGUACUUACUUUUAGUCAAGAUUAUAAAAUCUAUCGGCAAAAUUUACUUAACAAAUAAUUUAUUAUGGAAACCAAUAUUUAAUAUGGACCAGACAUGUAUUAAAAGAAAGCGAUUAAAUAAAGUGCAUAAACGAAAUUACAUAGAAACUAAUAUAAAUAGUAAUAUCUAUAAAUUAAAUACGGAUUGUUUAGUGCUCAUAUUUCUUCAUUUGCCGAUCAUAGAUAGAAUUAGAAUAGAAAGAGUAUGCAAACAAUGGCAGGAUGCGAGUCAAAAAAGUUGGCACAAUAUGAAAAUUUUAAACUUACAGAAUUCUGUUUGGGGUUUUUCAUCUGAAAAUGCAGCGAAACAGAUCAAUACAAUUAUUCUCCAAAAAGUACUUUCCCGAUGUGGAAAAUUUUUGAAUGAAAUACAUUUAGAAAAAAUAUUUUGUGAAGGCAAAGAAAGUGCAUUAUCUAUUAUUGGUAACUUGUGUCCCAAUCUACAAGUCAUCAACGUUAGUUGCCUACAGGUGUCUUUGACAGGAAUAGAAUCAUUAACAAAUAAUUGUCAUAACAUUAGACAACUUACCUUAGAUUGCAUAUGUCUUUUUGAUACUGACUUGGAAAAAUUGUUCAAAGCAAAUCAAAAGUUGGAAUAUCUCAAACUAGUCAAUAAUAAAAUAUCUGGCAAGUGCUUAUUACAUUUGCCAUCAAAAACAAUGAAAAAACUUAUUAUAGAAAGAUGUGAUUAUGUUCGAGAUGAUGAUAUUGUAGAAGCAGUUGCAAAAUUGGAGAAUUUAAACACUCUUAUAAUUAAAGAUUGUUUUGAUAUUUGGAAAAAGACUACUGAAGCCAUUAGUAAAUAUUGUACAAAAUUAACAACAUUGGAAAUCAUUGGUAAAUCGAGCAUGUUGCAGUACAACGGCAUAUCUCAUAUAACUUCACUGAGUAAUCUUAUAAAUUUGAAAGUAAGUGCAAAUUGGUUUAUUGGUAAUUCAAUCCUUCGUAAAUUGAGCCUGAACUGCCAACAGCUUACUUACUUAGAUCUUAGUGAUUUUGCAGGGCAUUUUAUUAGAGACUAUACUUUGCAAGCCCUAGAACAUUUGACAAAUCUAGAAAUACUAAUAAUGCGAGAUUUGUAUCAAGUCACAAGCAAUGGUUUAUCAUACUUGUGUAAUUUAAAACAAUUGGUAUGUCAAGAAUGUAACUUUUUCGAUCUAACAAUAGCUAAUCUUCUUUACCAUUCAUCACAAAUGGAAAACUAAUAACAUCGUUUUAAAUUUAUGCAUUGGAGGAACUGCAGUAAAUCUUGAAACAUUUAAAGAUACACCACCCUUUUUAAGAGUUAUUAAUAAAGAUUUACG